AAGUUUCGACUUCCUUGUCUCGUGUAGUGCAGGGCCGUAACGCGUAUUAUUCAAUUAGCAUUUAAUUUUAUAUAACAUCCGACUAUUAUGGUGCUCCACUAAUAAAAUUAAAUAAUUCCACAAUAAAAAAAAACGUGCAUUCGGACAUAAGUAAAUAACCGAUCGCAUCCCCAGUGACCCAGCGGACCAACCAAUUACACCAGACCCGACAACGACUUUGUUGACAUCGACUUCGCUUGGUCCGCCGCAAUUCCGUAUCGCUUCUUACGCUUCCCAUUGGUCCGCCAUUAUUCUAGAGCGUAUAGACGCGGUAUACAUGACAUUUGCGAUGUCUACUGAAGGUGAUUCCGUAAAAAGUGCUUUGUCAGAAGCAAAUGACAAAAGUGCGGCAGAGAACCACACAGAUGAGUCCUCACAGGACUCGAUGGAUGCAAAAGAGGAACCUGACCCAAAAAAACCAGCCGAGAACAAUGUGAACUCGGCAGAUAAGGACGAGAAGGCGCUAGAGGAAAGCACAGAGGGAGAAGGAGAAUCGGAACAUGAGUCUGAAACUUCUGAGAAAAAGGAGGACGGUGAGAACGCCGAGAAAAAGGGAGGAAGUAAAGAGGAGAAUGACACAAAAAAUAAAAAAGAAGACAGUGAGGUAAAAGAGGAAGAUAAGGAGGCAAAAUCUGAGGAGGGUGACAACAAAUCAGCAGAAGAAGAAGAAGUAAAGAAAACUGAUGAUAAACCGGAGAAAGCUGUAAAGAAAGAGAAGCCCAAAAAGGAGAAAAAGGCUAGCAAAGAAAAGGAAGAAAAGAGCAGCAAUGCCAGUGAAAAGGAUGACGAAGAAGAGGAGGACCAGGAGGAAGAGGAGGAGGAAGAAGUUGAGGAACAAGAGGAAGAAGAAGAAGAGAAUAAAAAAGGAAAAAAGAAAAAGGGUGUCCCCCUGCUGGAUCAACCGUUGGAGACCAGCGGCAAGAGAGAAAGGAAGAAUGUCCAGAGAUAUGACGAACCUGAAGCAAAAAAAGAGCCGGGUAAAAUUGAAUUCGAAGAAGGUAAAGGCACAAAACUGGGCGAAAUCCCGCGAGUAGAGGCGGCCAUCUCCCGAAGCCGGGGCGACGACCUGAAGUUCCUGCACAAAUUCCUCUUCGAUCAGCCGGGGCAGAAGUUGACUUACAAGAAAAACAUCCGACUAUUCUGCGGGUUUGGCUUCGAAAAUGACUCGGACGAGUUCAAAACCAAGCAGGAGAAUUUGAAGAAACAGGACAUGAAGAGCCUUAAAAUAAUGUGCGAGAUCCUGGAUUUGGGCAAGACGGGCAACAAGGACGAAAUCUCCGAUCGGAUAUUGGAGUUUCUGAUGGAACCGAAGGAUUCCGGUAAACCGGUGGGCACCGGCAGACCUAAAAGGGCUUCGGCGGUCAGGGCUAACAAUAGAGGUACUAAAAUAGGUUUAAUACAAUCUUUGUCUCUAGGGUAUUCGUCUCACGAUGACUACAGCAGUGACGAGAAACAAACGUCUAGGGCUAGACGGGAUAAAGGUAAACGUUCGAACCUAAAAGACGACAGUUCGAGCGACGAGGAAUUCAAGCCGCCCGGCGAGUCGGACGCGAGCGACGAGAAACCGCGUUCGGCGAGCAAACGUAAACGCGGCCGCCCGAAGAAACAGGGCGGAUCCUCCGAGGAGGACGAGGUCAGCAUCAGCGGGGCCUCAUCUGACGAAAGCGAAGACGCACCAUCCUCGAAACGAAGGAAAUCCGUAACGAAAAACAGCCGAGGUAGGGCGGCCAAGACGCCCUCGAAGAAGGGCAGACCGGCAAGGGCGGCGGCCACGCCCCGUAGCGCCAAAGGAAAACGGGGUCGUAAAGCCAAAGACGUGUCCUCCGAGGAAGAAGAGGAGGAGGAAGAGAAGGCGGGCAACGAGGGCAGCUCCUCAGAGGACGAACCCUUAGUCAAGAAGAAGAAGGGCAGCGAACCACCGACCGACGACGAGAUCAAGUCGUUUAUCAAGAGCGUGCUAGAGGGCGCCAACUUGGAGGAGAUCACUAUGAAGACUGUCUGUCAAAGGGUGUACGACAACUAUCCGGACUUUGACCUUACCGCUAGGAAAAACUUUAUUAAAUCCACAGUUAAAUCUCUUAUAUCAACGUGAAUAAACCAACAACCAUCCGUACCAUUUUUUUUUUAUUUAAAAGAACUACGUUGGACAUUUGUCGGUACAAUUGUCGUGUUUCGCGGUGUUUCUUUCGUUACUUGUCUAAGUGAAUGUUCUUUUAAGGUAAUUAGAUAUACAUACUUUUCGUAGUAGAGCCUUGUUGUAAAAAAAAAAUAGUUUAAAAUGUUCACAUAUUAUAAUUAUAUUUGUUUCGACGGCUCGGGCGGAGCUCGGGUUGUUAUUGUAUUUUUUUUUUAAUUUUAUGUAAAAAUAUGAUUAUAUUAAUAUUAAUCUUUCCUAAGUA